AUGAAUAAACUUUUAAUGCUAUCUCUUUUUCUAUACGGUGUUGCAGCUGUAAGACCAUUUAAGGGGAAUUAUGAUGAUGCUGUAAAGACUAUAAAUGAUGACUUAGAAAGAAAAAGCAAAAAGAAUGGUACUAUGAAUGAUAAACCAUUUAACUUAAGGGAGAAUAUAAAUUAUGAAAGAAAAAAUAACUAUGAAUUGUACACAGAUAUCGAUGGUGAAUUAAAACAACAAAAAUUCAAUGUUAAUGAACCAAGACAAAUUUUAAAAAAAAAUAUAGAUGAAUUUAGAUAUUUAAUAAAUGAUUUAGAGAUUUUAUUUGGUGUUUACAAAUUUAACCCAAGAGAUAAAGAAAAGGUAUUAAAAGAAACAUUAAAGCCAGAAUCAUUAUGUUUUACUAUAAUGGGAUUAAUAUCAAAUCAUUUAAAUGAAUUAAAAGUGAACAAUGCACCAAUUUAUGGAUUAUAUAUUAAGGGUGAAAGAAAUAGUAAUUAUGAAGUAAAUAGUACUUUAGGAAUAUAUGCAAUUUUGUCGAAUAUUACUAUUUCAAUAGGAAAUUUUACAUUCCCCGAAAUGAAAAAUGCGCCUUAUCAACUUCCAUAUUUAGUUGGGCAUUAUGAUAGUCGAACUGGAUUUAAGAAUAAAGACAUCGCAUAUCUUUGUCCACUUCCAAAAUUUUUAAUAGAUGUUAUAAGAACUACACAAUUUGGUUUAAGAGUAUUUUAUAAUGGUGCAGACAUCGAUGUAAAGGAAUUAUUUCCAAUUACUUUAUCGUACGCUUUAGAAAACAAAAGCUUGUUACCUAUUUAUAAAGAAGAUAGUAAUUACAAAGCUGAAAAAACAAAAUUGUUAAAUAUAUUAUCAAAGGAAGCCGAAGAUAUACCAUUUAGAAUGAUUAAAGAUAAAAGUAUAAGUGGUAAAGGAAUUAAAAACCCGGAAGAACGAUUAUUAGUGUCAAAAUCAUUUUUUAACUCGAGGGAGCAAAUUAAAAAAUUUAUAUCUAGCUCAGGAAAAACACCUAUGGAUUCAAAUUCAAUAGCAUUGUACUUUUUAGCAUUAAGUCAAAAUGCUUUUUCUAAACAAAAAAAUUUUGCAAUGUCUAGAAUAACAAAAAUUAAUGUAACCAAUAUUCAAAAAAGUAAAAAUGGAUAUUUGUCACAAUAUAGUAUACAAUUAGGACUUGAAAAUAAUAGUAGUAUUACUAUAAAUGCAGUUGUAAAUGGAAAAAAUAUAUAUGUACCAAGUAUUCUUGAAAAGAAUAGUAGCAUUAUUACUUCAGGAUCUCCCAGUAUAUCAUUCGAAACUAUUCCAUAUUCAUACGGAAUUUAUGUAAAUGAAGGAGUAUCAGGUUUAGUUUAUAUAUUUGCAGAUUUAGUAUUUAAUUUUAACAAAGCAUUUCCAUAUAACGUAAACAAUUUGUCGAUGUUUGUGUCGAGUAAGUAA